UUAUCGUCACUCAAGCUGCUAGAACGUAUCCGAGUUCGUGUGAAAAUGUGGAAUCCAAAAGACAACAUUGAAAGUGGUGGUCCAGUUGAUGAAGAUGUAUUUUUUCCUCCAGAUUAUACACCAUUCUUCAGCUUACAAACGGUGAUCUCAGUCAUCAUACCUGUGUUUUGCUUUUUUUUAAUGUUUGGCAUUGUAAUCUUCAUGAUGUAUGUAUAUCGACGUUUGUGUACAAGAAGUCUCGUUUUUGAACAUAUUUUGUGCGAGGAAGAAGAAUUUCCGAUUCCACGACCUACAACACCGGGACCCGAGUCGUUUCGUCGCAACUCUGCCCAAGCUCAGUACCGUCUGCUUAUUAAAAGCAAAUUUGAACGAGAAUUUGGAAAAUCUCGCGCCGAAUGCGGACUCUUAAUGCCUGUUCGACUUAUCACGUCGGUCUCUGAGGAGGAUCAAAUUUAAUCAUUCUAAUUUUUCCCCCAUAAUUAUCAAGUUGUUGAUGCCAAAUACGUUGUAAUUUUAAAUAAAUCAAUGAAUUAUG